AUGAAAUUUGGACGUUUAGUUUUAGAUCGAAAUUCAGAAAAUUAUCAUCGAGAUGUUGAACAAGUUGCUUUUUCACCUAGUAAUUUAGUACCUGGCAUUGAACCAGGACCAGAUCCAUUAUUAUUAUUUCGCUGUUUUCUUUAUCGAGAUACACGAACCAAAAAUUCAUAUACUCAACUACUCUAUACUCGACCUGAUUUAACAUGUAAUGAAAAACUUCAACCAUUACAAGGAUAUUUAGCUCGAAAAUCUCAUUCACGUCAUGAAAAUCAACUUCCACCAGAUGCCGAAUAUGUUCAAGCACGAGAAUUUUAUUUACAAGCAUUUCGAUCUGUAACAAGAUCAGAUAUAAAACUUCGUUUUCUUGUUGCAUGUUAUAAAAUUCAUUCAGAAUAUGCUCGUGAUAUUUUAACAUUUGAUCAAGUCGAACAAACUGUUAGGACACUUCAAGAUAAACAUACGGUUGAUCAUGUUAAUGGUUAUGAACCAUACAAUCUCAAUCAAAGCUAA